AACAGAAAGAUCCGACCCAGGGUGUUACUGGUAAUUCGACAAUCAACUUGGACCACCCAAUACAAAGCGGGUUCCGACCCGAUGCCAAAUACUGCUGUUUUACUGAAGAAUUUUUCAAAGAUCCGAAUAUGGCCGGGCGACCCAUCACUUUUUUGAAUUUGUUAGUUAGUUUCGUGGAGCCAUAAUUUCAGGAGAAGUUUCCUCCAUCGACUUCAAUUCGUCGUUAACUGCUGACGACGAAUAUCUCCUCUGUGCUGUGCAUUCUUCACAUUCCGAGAUUUGAAACUAACAGUGGCCAUGGAUUCUGGGCAUCUAUAUACAAAUUUUGAUACGAUCCUAAAGAACCUAUAGAACCUACAGAAGGAAGUCAAGAACUAUAAAUCCAAGCCAUUUAUUAUCUUUAUCAAUGUAGCCAGCUUUGCAUAUCAUUGCAUAAGCUGAAUUUAAGGUCAAAAGAAUGUGUAGAGGCAUAAUGAUGGUACGCUAUAUCUUGACACUUUUAAGGAUGGUAUAUACUUCUAUAGUUAUCACAGAUAUUCAAUAAAAGAAAUUUAAUCCGCAAUGCUUACUAUUUCUGGAUCAUCUAAGAUGAGUAGCAGGUCUAAAUAUAGUACACUGAUUGUUCCAAAAUUUAAAAAAACUCUUAGUGUUUCUUGAAGCAUUGAGCUCGGUUACAGGAUGUUCGAUAUUGCUUCUUUACCAAACAGAGGAGGCUCUUGGUGAAGCCAUAUUGCAAGCUCUUAGUCUAGGUCUGAUCAAGUCUCGUGAUGAUGUCUUCGUCACUUAUAAGAUCUGGUGUUGUGAUAAUCAUGGCGAUCAUGUCCUCCCUGCCCUACCAAUGACUCUGCAGUAGUAUAUCGGGUUAGACUUUAUAGUUUUGCUGAUGAAUAUGGUGGAAUGCAUUAUGUUCAGGAAAAUGAAGAUGGAGUAUCUUCAUUAAUAUCUCAUUAUAUUCCAGCGAGCCUAAAGCCUGGAGCAACUAUUGGCGGAAAAUUAUUAGCAAACCCUCCAAAUGCAGGAAAAAGCAUUUGUGAGAAACAUCUGAGCAUAGAGGAUUCCUGGUUCUGCAAUUGAUGGCAUAUAAGGAAAUUGUUUAGGUGGGAUUAAAAGAGAUAAAUGAUAGGAAUUCUGAAUCUAUUUCUUGCUGCUUCAAUGCCGGUGCUGAAGGUGCUUUUGAUAACUGCUGUUGGUUCAUUCCUUGCACUAGACCGGAUCAAAAUAUUGACAGAGGAUGCACUGAAGCAUUUAAACACUGUGUUAUUUUCAAAAGCUGGUGUAAUUGGUCUUGGUCCUAAAUUCAUGUCAAUCUACAUUCAGAAGCUAGCUAUUGAGCGGCAUAUAUAUUAUGAUGAAGUUGAAGGAUUGACCGCAGAAUGGCUUGAUGCUACAUGUACAUUGGUACUUAAUUUGAGCACAAGUAAACGUUUGAAUAAGAAGGGGAAGUCCAGCCUAUUGCAGGCCACUUGAGGAGGUUGUGUUAAUCAUUAGUCCACAUAAGCUUAUGCCAGCAGUGGAUUCCUCUGGUGAGAACUUCAUUACAGUUCUCAUGACAGAGGAUGACGGUCCUCCUGACGUAGGAGCAAGGUUGUAUGUCAGUACCUAUUGUGGAUAAAGAUCUUUCUGGUCUAAUACUUGGUAGAGCAAGUGGUUACUGAAGAUGACAUGAUUCCCAGUAAAUAUUUCGUCGGAGAUUGAAUCUAUUAAAAAGUGGAGGAAGCAGAGGCAACAGAGUGGGUUCCCUGGGGAUGGAAAAGAUUUUGACAUCAACUUAUCAUUUGAGGAUGAAAAUUUAUUGGAAAGCUUAAAUAAAAAGAGACCUGGGGUGCUGGAGGCAAGGCACAACAAGGUACUGGCAAGGGUAAACCAGGAGCCAAACACUGCUGAGACAACUAAUGAUAUGCGGUGCUAUAGUAAAAGGUUUCUCCCAGAACAAGAAAAAGAAGACUUGAACGGAUAGGUUCCUGGGUAUUGUAUUAAGUUAGAUUUAUUGUAGCUUGAUUGUACUUUUAUAAUCUAAAACAAAUGAUUUUCAUUAUAAAAAUUCCGAAAAAUUAAAAUUUUAUUA